AUGAUGAAUUCCCCUGUAAAAGAUGAUUUAACUCUGAUGGAAAACGAUGAAGAUAAUGAGAGGAAUGAUUCUGUGAAUAUUAUACUGUCUGGCAUUCGGCUCACUUCAAAUGAAGCUUUUAAAUGCACCGACCCAAUUUCCUCGGAAUCACAGUGUUGUGAAUCAGUUGAUGAUAUUACACGAAAUAAUCUUCAUAGGAAUCCUGUUCAUCUUUUAAGUGUAAAUAACAUAGAGUCAAAGGAACCUGAUCCAUCAUUAGACCAGUUCUUAACAGAAUCAGUACACAUGGAAACAUCUGUUCACACUGAUAAUUAUUCUGCAGUUAAUAAAGAGUUACCGAAUGGAUCGCCUUCUGAGUUAAAAAUAAAUCAUUGUAUUUCAGAGAAAGAAUUAGAUAAUUAUGAAACAAGUUACUCCUGUAUUUUACCAUCUGACGAACCUGAGUGUCCAAUAUUUGAUGUUUAUCAAAAAGUAGACUGGGUUUGCACGUCUCCAAAAUUGAUUGCCCGUGCUGAUGUUGAAUUCCGGUCAUCUACAAAAUUUCCAUCAAAUAACUAUCUCCGAGGUUGUUUAUGGUCACCAGAUGGUUCUUGUAUUCUGACUAAUAGUCAUGAUAAUGUUCUCCGGCUUUUCAAUCUCCCUUCGUCGAUUUUAUCACCUAAUAUAGAGGUUUCUUCUGAACCGGAAGAAAUGAGGUCUGUUCUAACUAUGUAUGAAAAUGAAUUGAUUUACGACUAUUGUUGGUACCCACAAAUGUGCUCUUCCGAUCCUGUUAGUUGUUGUUUGGCUAGUACUAGUCGACGAAAUCCAAUUCGAUUAUGGGAUGCAUUUACUGGUGUGAUUCGUGCAACCUAUAUUCCCGUUAAUCACUUGGGUGAAGUUGUGUCUGCCUCUAGUAUAUCAUUUUCCUCGAAUGGUUCACGUCUGUAUGCUGGAUUUCACCGGUAUAUUCAAGUAUUUGACGUUUGUCGACCUGGUUCAGAUUCUAUCAGGCGACCAAAACUUGGAAAAAAACCAUUCCAGGGUGGAAUAAUAUCUUCUAUUGGUGUUUUGAAUGACCCCAAUCGAAAUAUUUACGCUACAGGUUCCUAUAAUGGCACUGUGUGCAUAUUUUCGGAACCUGGGAAUUUGAUUGCACAGUUAUUCAGUCAUCCAACUGGAGUUACUCAGGUGACGCUGGCAAAGACUUUUGGUCGAGAAAACGCUGCUCCAUGGUAUGUUUUAGCCGGCGGACGAAUGGAUUCACGUUUGGUUGUCUGGGAUGCAAGAAAUCUAGUAGAUCCUAUUACGAUAGUUUACCGACGUAUUGAGAAUCAUCAAAAAUUCCAGUUUGAUUUAGAGCCACUAAAAGCCAAAUCCUCAAUGUAAGCAAACACAAUUUAUGAUUACAUCACACAACUUCAUGUACCACUGCCAAAGCUCUCUUCCUUUUUCUAAUGAUGAAGUAUACAAGUAUGUGGAUGCAAAGAAUGAUUAUGGAGUUUAGUUGUCUUGUGAGAAAAUGUACUGCUAAUAGUUAUGUAUUGAUUUUAAAAGGUCAUAUAUUCCCAAUAGCAAGCAAAGUAUUAUAUCUCAAUGUAGACUUUUGUAUAAAUGUCACAACUUCCUUAAACGUCCCAAACCAACCAGGCUAAUACUAUUUCUAGUUGUGUUGCGUUCUCUUAACUGUUUGGUUCGAUUGUGGGGCUGUCAAUAUCUUUUACCGUAUAUGGAUCUACAUCGUAAAGUGAAGAGCUGGAUAUGAUUUUAGAUCGAUUGAAAAAAUCGUGUUUAGGAUAAUCCCUUGUAUUCUGCAGUAGUAAAUUUUAGUAUUAGCUCACUUUUGUUUUUAUCCCAUACAUUUUACUUCAAGCUUGAGUUCCAAGUUUCAGUAGCUCUGAUAUUCAUUUUUACGGGGUGAGUUUGCUAGCCUCACACUUACCCUUUCAUCUUUUCCGGGCUUACUAGCGACUAAGCGAGGUUUAGAAGUGCACCAGAGGAGAAUCAAACGCAGUCCUACGUGUGUGGUUGGUGAGAAGUCUACCACCAGACCACCGAUAUACAAAGCCAACACUUGUUUACACAAUGCGUAUUCGAAUUUUUAAUUAAAAGUGGUGCACAACGUUUAGUUAUUCAUGUCAUUUGUGUAAUCAGAUUUAUAAUUCUCAAGGUCCCGUAAAAUUUGUGAAAAAUUGAGCGGAGAAACACAUUCCUUCUCAAUUAGUUCCUCAUCAACAGCUCUACACUCAACGAUAUAUAUAUAUAUAUAUAUAUA